AGCAAAGACAUCAGCUAAGAGUUAUAGAUAUGACUAUUAACAAAUCAAUUCAACUUUAAUUCACGUGUCAUUAGGUAAUCUACAGCUGAAACAACAACAACAACUAUCCGACUGAUCAUAUCAACAAAACACAGUAUUAGGUCCCAACUACAAACUUAUGUGGAAUACAGUGGCACCAUAAUUAAUCAUUAUAAACCCAAUAUUUUACAGCAUACAACUGCGCAUUCAAAAAUGCAAGAGCAUGACGGUCCAAAUGCAGCUUGAAUGAGAGAAAACUACAUAUAGCCAAUGUUAUUAAAAAGCGGCCAUGGCGCCGCCGUGGCGCCAUUGCGUGGCGGGUUUCGGAAAAAACGCCAUCGCCACGAGCUGCCACAAAACUUUUUUAUGGCGAUCGCCAUUUGCCGCCAUGAGUGAGGUGCCAUGGCGGUGCCAUGGCAGUUAUGACGUCACUUUUGGUUGGGCUGCCCCAAAUCUCAGCCCAAUUACCAAAUAACACGGCCCAAAUGAUUUUUAACCCUUAACCCGGCCCAAACCCGACCCAAAUAAUGAAAUAAAAUGCCAAUUAAGUCAAAAUCUAGGGUUUUUUUCAUAGUAUCUCUUUCCCUCUCAAACAAACCCAACCUGCUGCGCCCCCCAGUCCCACUGCCCUAGUCACGUCGCCACCGCCCGCCGCCGCCGCCCGCUGCUCGAGCAUCAAAAGAUGCAUGAUUUGGUUUACGUAAAAUAUAACCAAAAAUUGAAUGAGAGGUACGACAAAAGACAUACACUCGAUCCUAUUUCACUCGAUUACAUUGAUCACUGUAAUGAGUGGUUGGUUGGAGAGUUGGAUGGUGCUGAUGGUGAAGGCAGUGAUAGAGUUUUUGACGGAGAUUCACUUGAUUGGGAUACUGUCUACGAGUCGUCGGGGAUUGGAGAGCCUAUCACAUAUACUAGGUCUAAGAAAAGAAAAGAAGCUUCUACAUCAUCAAGUUCUAGGAAAGCCUCAAGAACCACAACCACAUCUAGAAAAGGGAAAGGCCAAUUAGGGGAUGAAGAAGAAGGAUCUACUUCGUUGGAGGACGAUGAUAUCGAUGAGGAUGAGGAUAACUAUCUUGUGGAGGAUGACUAUGUUGGGGAUGGUGAUGAUUGAGGAUGGUUUUAAUUUAGAUUUGAUAUGUAUUAUGAAUUUGUGAUGAUGACUUUAUUUUGAUUGUUGAACUAAGACUUAUUAUGGUAGGCAUAUUAUAUAAUUGCUUAUGGCUUUAUGCUUUAUUUAUUGUUUUAAUAGUUGAU